AUGUCGAGCAUAUACGUGCUCGAGCCGCCGACGCAAGGCAAGGUGGUGGUUACCACCACGUUGGGCGAUCUCGAUAUCGAGCUCUGGCCUCGUGAAGCCCCGAAAGCGGUGCGAAAUUUCGUGCAGCUGUGUCUGGAGGGGUAUUACGACAAAACCAUCUUUCACCGCAUCAUAACUGGCUUCAUGGUGCAGGGCGGGGACCCCACAGGAUCCGGGACAGGGGGCGAGUCGAUCUAUGGAGAGCCUUUCAGGGACGAGUUCCAUUCUCGCUUGCGCUUCUCCCACCGCGGCCUUGUGGCGUGUGCCAAUGCGGGUGCGCCCCACAGCAACGGCAGCCAGUGGUUCUUCACUCUGGAUCGCUGCGACUGGCUGGACAAGAAACAUACUAUCUUUGGCAAGAUCACAGGGGACACCAUCUUCAAUGCGGUGCGACUGGGGGAGGUGGAUACUGAUGAAAACGACAGGCCGUUUGACCCACCAUCGAUUAUCAGCGUGGAGGUCAUCUGGAACCCAUUCGAAGACAUCGUCCCCAGGACACUGCCUGCAAGACAGCAGCAAGAAACCAUGGCGAAGAGCCGGGGCAGGGACAAAGAGAAGCGGCGGCAGCAGCAGUCUCAGGUCAAAGGAACCAAGCAGUUGAAUCUCCUGUCGUUUGGAGAGGAGGCGGAGGAGGAGGAGGCUCAACUGGAGGAAGCUAAUUUGAGGAUGAGGAGCAGUCACGAUGUGCUCAAGGACCCUCGCCUGCUGGCUGAGACAGCAGAGGCUGUUCAGCAAAAGCUGGCCGGACGGGGAGGGGACGCAGAGGGGGAAGAGGAAGACGAGGAGAAUGGGCGAAGAGAAGGGGGGAGAGAAAGGGAGAGGGGAGGGGGUAGAGAAAGGGAGAUGCUUGUUAGAGGGAGAGAUGGUGACAGACAAGGGGAGGGUGCUGACGGUGAGGGUGGGAGCAGGAGAGGCAGGAAAGGGGAAGAGACGGGUGGAAAGAGGGGGAAUAAGGGCAGUUCAGUGGGUCCUGAGGAAGUAAGGGGGAGGGAGAGAGGAGGCAGGGAGGAGAGCGGAGGUGAGGGAGAGGGGGAAGGUGAUGGUGAGGAAGCGAGUUUUGAUGAGCUGAUGAGGAGAAGGGUGUUGGAAAAACAAAGACGGUUUGGGAAGCAUGGGGUUGCGAGUGAGGGGGGGCGGAGAGGGGAAAAAACAGGGAGAGGAGGAGUGGGAGAUGGAGGGGAGAGGGAGGGGAAAGGUGCAGCGAGGAUCCAGGAUGGGGCUGGCACCAGGGAGCAGGCAAAAGGGGGACGAGCGAAGGAGGAACGAGGAAAAGGGGAGGAGGAUGAUGAGGAUGGGAGUGGUGACAGUGAUGGUAGUGAUGGGAGUGAUGAUGAGGAGGGAGGGAGAGGAGGGAAGGGGAGGGUGAGGGUGGAGAAGCUGCGAUUGAGGAAAGGGGCGAAGGGAGUGGGGAAGGGAGGAGGGGAGGGGGGAGGAGGGGGAGGUUCAGCGGGAGGGGGUUUGCUGGGGGAGGAGGAGGAGAGGCGGCAGCAGAUGAGGCAGAGGAAACGAGCUCUGGGGUCCAGACAAGAGAAAACGCUUGAGCUUCUGAACCGCUUCAAGUCCAAGCUAGCAGCUUCCAAAACAGUGCAGCCGAGAGAAACACGCACGGACGAAGACAAGGAGGAGGGUGCAGAUGAGGGGAGAGCGGACAGAAGAGAUAGGGAGAGGGAAGGAGAGAGAGGCAGGGACGGGAGAAACAGCAGCAAGGAGGGCAGCAGAAAGCGAGGGUUUGUUGGUUCAGAGGGGAAGGGACCGGGAGCGGCGGCAUAUGGGCCGGGGGGGAAGGCGAGGCAGGAUGUGGGAGGGGAUGGAGAGGAGGAGGACGAGGAGGGUGGGGGCGUUGAUUGGAUGGCUCACCGGCUGAAGUUUGAAGUGAAGAGGAACAAACGGGACGAGAUGCUUCGCAAUGACGACCCGGAUCAGUACGCGGUGCACGAUCCGCUGCUGGAGAAGGGAAAGGAGAAGUUCAACAAGAUGCAGGCCAGGAUGAAGAAGAGAAACCGAGAGUGGGCGGGCCGGUCGCUGGACUGA